UUCUAACUAGUGUGUGAGAGACAGACAGAGUAUAAUACAGAAACUGCAAAACUCCUGUCACAAGCGAAAUUUUCUCAAAAGAAUCCACCAAAAAGUUUUUAAUAAAAAAAAAAAACUUUCCAAGGUCUUAAAAGAAAAAUCUUUUCAUCAAAUUUAUCAAAUACAAAUAUCAAACUAUAUAAAAGAAAUCUUGUAUAAAAUCCAGUGGCAGCGAGUGGAAAUUAAAACUCUGUUUUGAUUGAUCGUCGUGUAGUCUUGUAGUCGUCGUUUAAAUGGAAAAUGAUUUUAACAAGACGGAAAAAUCAUUAGGGGUGUGUUGACGCUGGAGCCAGUUGGUUUGCUGAUACAGAUAAAUCAAGUGGACAAUAAUGCCAAACGAAGAACACACAAACAUAUUUGAUAAGCGCUUUUGCUGGCGCUUUGUAGAGCCUCCAAUAACUCAGCUAAUAAUUAAUCGGCACUCGGGAGUGCAAAAAGUGCAUUUUAAAGACAAUUCGAUUCGAAAUAUCGAUUGAUCUACAGCCAAUGAGAUCCACGAGUAAUGUGAUCCAAAAAAACAAAACAAAACAAAAACCAAAACUAAAUCAUUGCAAACAUUUCCAAAAAAAAAAACUAAAACUUGCACUGCAAAUUUCGCCUGCAUCUGCAAAGUAAAAAAAUAAAAGAAUAAAAAACAAUUAAAAAGAGCAAUUAACUAACAACUAAAAUUGAAAACAACAACAACAAACACUCACACGCUUAAACUAAAAACACCGGAAAGUUUGCACAAGAGUAACGUUAUAAAAUUUUCUAAUUUAAAUGCCUUAGGGACACACAUCGGAGUAUAUCAAGACACACGUAACACGUCACACUCAAACUUCCACGCAGCUCUGUAUUUCACUACUUAGCCGCCGCACAACGCGACAUCAAAUGGUUUGUAAUGUUGUUUAAUGCCGGUAACUCUGAUGAGCUCGACCCAAUCUCCAGUGUUUUGGGACUGCGCUCUCAGAGGCCUCUAAUCACAUUCAAAGACAUGUGGUAUCAUAUAUUCCUGUGGGCGCUGUUCUCCUCGAUAUUCAUUCACACAUGCGCCGCCCUGGUCGCUUUCGUAACUCUACGCAAACACAAAUUCGGACGUUUCUUUUCGAUUCUCAUUCUGGUGAUGGGUUUCGCCUCUCCAGCCACCAGCGGACUGAUCAGCAGCGCUGUCAUAGCGUUUGUCCAUCAAGCAUCGUGCCUGCCCAUGUCACCUAUCUAUUCAAUGGUCUGGGGCGUGGGACAGACGAUAGUGUCGGCGUGUCUGGGCUUCACACGAAUUCUCGCAACGCUGUGAAGUCAUCAACAACAUGUGCAAAUAUGCAAAGCGUGCCCUAAAUUCGUUAUUAUUGUUAUGAUAUUUUUUGGACGAACAUUUUUUUAAAAUGAAAACGUAAAAUAAUACUAAAAAACAAAAAAAGCUUGAACUAGCAGCAAUACUACAACGGUGCCACUACAAUCUCAUCUGAGUUCUUUGUUCUGUUCAAACACAAGAGCAAAUGAUGAACAACAACACACAGUGGAUAGCCGAAGACGACGUUGACGAAGGAGGAAGCAUUCGAAUAAAAAGAAUGUUUUGUUGUAAUUAUAAACGCAAAACGCAAAUCACGCAGAGAAAGUAUAAAUAUAGUUUAAAAACUAAAACAGCUAAAAUAAAUAUUAAAUAGUAUUUAUAUUUAAUGCUUAAUAAUUUGUUUAAAAUGUAUUAUUAUUAUUACUAUUAUUAUUAUUAUAAUUAUAUAUAUAUUUUAUAGUUCAUAAGUAGAAUCAAAAACUAUUACAAAAACAAACAAAAAAACAAUUAAA